GAACCCUAAACCCCUGCAAACCUAGUUCUAAAACCUCCGAGGCUGAUAAACCCUAGCUUUUGGGAAAACCCUAAUUUAUCCGUUUCCUGUGAAAUUGGUUUUGAGUUUUGCGUUUUCGAAACCCCGAGAAUCUCUUUCUUCAAAUCCAAUUCUUAUGAAAACAAAAACCGGCUUUUAAAACCUUUAAUUCUUCGCUGUUUUGAAAAGUUUUUUGCAGUUCGUUUCUGAACGAUAUUAUAUAUAAAAUUUUGGUUCCUUGAGUCGGCGUUUGUAUUGUGGUUUUUCGUUUCUGAAAUUACUUAAAGUACAUAUUUUUCAAACCUAAAUAUAUAUAUUGUUAGUAUAGUUUAAUACUCUUAAUACUUGAACUUUCAAAUGGCCAUUGAUGGUAGUUUCAGCUUGGAAUCAGCACUGGGGAGGUUUCUUGCUCGGUGCCCGGAGCUCCAAUCUUCUCCAAACUUUGAUUUUCUGUCCAAAAAGGGAGAUGGUGUGACUGAAGAUGAAGUGGUCAAAGCGCUAGUUGGGGUGUUCUUACAUCCAAAAUUUACGAUUCCUUUGAUUGGAUGUUUCCGUCCAAUAGCUCAGAAGAUCGUGGGCAAAGCUGUCGAUUUGUUUCGGCUUGUGCCGAAUUUGGGGUCUAAUUUUGAUGGGGGAUCGGUUUCAAAAUUUUGCAGAGCUACUAGUUUAAAAGAGGUUGAUAAUGUUAUUGAGUUUUACAAUGGAGCUGGGAGGGGUCUAGAUCUCCAUGAGCUUGCUUGUCUAGCCUUCUGUCGAUCCCUUGAACUGGAUCCUUUCUUGUGGGAGUCUAUAGUAGGUUAUUUUCAAUUUUCUCCACCUCCAUUUCAACGUGUUCUGCUGGGACCAAAAGUUUCUGAUCUCCGUGUUGAGGAUGGAACUAGGGUAUUGCUAGCCGUAGGGGUGUCCUACCGCCUCCUCAUAGUGAAGUAUGACUUUUUCUCUAAACUUCAGAAAUGGUCCUGUUUCCUGGACCUUGUGGAGCAGUGUGCAAAACUUGACCUGCAAGAUAGUACUUCAGAAGUUGUGAAGGUUAUCAAAGACAUAAGAUGGUGUGGGCUACAAAUAAUUUCCCUCAUUCUUAAGUUAAGUUGUAAAGCAACGGAGAACUUGGGUAUUACAGAUGAGGACGCGUUUUCAUGUUUCUUGCGAUGGGAGGAAUUCUGUCAGGACGUAUCAUUAGAAAGCGCUGGCUGGUAUGUUGAAUCAUCCAAACCAAAUGAAUCUGUGGAUGGAAGCAGUAUUUGCUGUCACAAAAGCAGUCUGCAGUCUUUUGGCCUUAAUUCUGGGUCUGCUACUUCAUCUCAAUGUUAUGUGAUUGACCCACAAGCAAAGCGCCAAAGGGAUGAGAGAUCAACUGGCGAUCCGUUUGUUGUGACAUCAGCAAUGAAGAGAACUGUUGAGAUGGUGCUGUUAGCUGUGAAGCAAAGGCUGCCCGUUCUUCUGUAUGGUCCCACUGGCAGUGGGAAAUCUGCUCUCAUCAGCAAGUUGUCCCAGGAUAGUGGCAAUCAAGUUCUAUCAAUUCACAUGGAUGAUCAAAUUGACGGUCGAACAUUAAUUGGAAGUUACGUCUGUACGGAAAAACCUGGUGAAUUUAGAUGGCAGCCAGGGUCACUUACUCAGGCUGUUUCUAAAGGGUAUUGGGUUGUCUUCGAGGAUAUAGACAAAGCACCAUCUGAUGUGCGUUCUGUUAUAUUACCUUUACUGGAAGGUGCAAACCUGUUUGCAACUGGGAACGGACAGGAGAUCACGGUGGCAGGAAGUUUUCGGAUUUUUUCCACUAUUUCAACUCUUAAUCUUGAUGCUUCGUGCAUUUCGGGAGGUCGGAAUUCACUUUCCCUUUUUUUCAAAGUGAAGGUUCAACCCUCAACUAGCGAGGAGUUGCAAAGCAUAGUGAAAGAAUGGGAUCCAAGUUUAGAGCCUCUUGCUCUGAAACUCACAGAAACAUUUGAAAGGAUUAACACUGCCACAUUACAACAAAGUGGUGGAUUUCAAUCUGGAAGUUCCGCUUCUGUUUAUUACCAAAGUAGAUUCUCAUUAAGGGAUCUCCUCAAAUGGUGCAAACGAAUAGCAGGCCUCAACUUUAUAUUUCAGGGAGAUAAUUUAUCUUAUAAGAACCGUUCUUGUAUCUAUCAGGAGGCGGUUGACAUAUUUGCGGCCUUCUCAACCUCUACGAAGAAUCGCUUAGCUUUGAUGCAAGAGAUCUCCAGGUUGUGGUUGUGGGAAUCAACGAUUCCAGACACCUUAUACCCUUCUAAUAAGCCGGAAGUCCAGGAUUCAAAUCCGUUGGAUUUAAGAGUUGGUCGAGUUUCCCUACCUCGAGCAAAAGAAAAGACUCAAACAACUUCGCGUGGUAAGAAGAAACCUUUUGUUGAGAUUCGUAGUUCCGUUCACUCGCUUGAAAGAAUUGCUGCAUCUGUAAAUUGGAAUGAGCCUGUUCUCUUGGUUGGAGAAACUGGGACAGGAAAGACGACACUGGUACAGGAUCUGGCUAUGAGGCUUGGUCAGAAGCUAACAGUUUUGAACUUAAGUCAGCAGAGUGAUGUUGCUGACUUACUAGGGGGAUACAAGCCUAUGGACAUGAAAUUUAUAUACAAUCCCCUGUAUAAAGAGUUUCAUGAUCUAUUCUCUGAAUCGUUUGAUUUGCAGGUUAAUUUCAAAUUUUUUUGGGAGCUAGAUAAUGCUCUUAAGAAGGAGAAUUGGGAAAGGUUAGUGAAAGGUUUUGGGCUCGGCGCUAAAAGGUUUUUCCAGAAAGUCGAAGCAGCUAGAUCUGUGUCAGUUGGACAGUCUGGAAAAAAGCGCAAGAAAGCUCUAGUUGAGGAUCGAAUUAAAGCCUGGGAAAAAUUUUCACUGAAAGUAGAGAAUGCAAGUGCACAUGGAAUGAUAUUUUCAUUUGUGGAAGGAGCUUUUAUAACUGCACUGGAAAAAGGUGAGUGGAUUUUGCUUGAUGAGGUGAAUUUAGCUCCUCCAGAGACUUUGCAGAGGGUUAUCAGCGUGCUGGAAGGAGAGCAUGGAUCACUUUGUUUAGCAGAAAGAGGGGAUAUUCACUACAUAAAACGACAUCCCAACUUCCGAUUAUUUGCUUGUAUGAAUCCUGCAACUGAUGCUGGCAAACGAGAUUUGCCCUUCUCUUUGAGAAGCAGAUUUACUGAGUAUUUUGUUGAUGAUGUACUGGAUGACGAGGAUCUAAUUCUAUUUGUUCACCAAUAUUUGGGUGGCAAAGAUUCCAAAGUAAAGAAUAUUGUGUCUUUCUAUAAAAAAUCCAGGAAACUAGCUGAAGAAAAGCUGCAGGACGGAGCUAAUCAAAAACCGCAAUAUAGCUUAAGGUCUCUCUACCGUGCUCUAGAAUAUACGACAAGGGCAGAAAGAGAAUUUGGAUUUGAAAAGGCAAUGUAUGAUGGGUUCUGUAUGUUUUUUCUCACUUUGUUGGAUAGCAGCAGUUCAUUGGUUAUGAAAAAUGAGAUCUUGAGUUCUUUGUUAGAUGGAAAAAUUCCAGAUGAAGUACCUUAUAUUAAGUACCUGAGUAACUCAACUAUUGAAGGGAGGUCUGACAACUCUAAGAAGUAUACCGAAACUAAAAGUGUUGAGGAGCGUCUCAGGAAUUUGGCUCGUGCUAUUUGGAUAAAGAAAUACCCUGUUUUAUUGCAGGGACCUACAUCUAGUGGCAAAACUAGCCUUGUUCAGCAUCUUGCUGCAAUAACAGGUCAUGAAUUUGUACGAAUCAAUAAUCAUGAACAUACAGAUUUGCAGGAAUAUCUCGGUUCCUACAUAACAGAUGCUACUGGGAAGCUUGUGUUCCAUGAAGGUGUACUUGUGAAAGCUGUACGAAAUGGUUAUUGGAUAGUUCUGGAUGAGCUUAACUUGGCUCCGUCUGAUGUGCUGGAAGCAUUGAACAGACUACUGGAUGAUAAUAGAGAGCUUUUCGUGCCUGAAUUGCAGGAAACCAUUCAUGCACAUAAAAACUUUAUGCUUUUUGCGACUCAAAAUCCACCUGGUUUUUAUGGUGGGCGGAAAAUGCUUUCCCGAGCUUUUCGCAAUCGUUUUGUAGAGAUACAUGUUGAUGAAAUUCCUGAAACUGAUUUGAUUGAAAUCUUGCGAAAGCGGCAGCCUGAUGUUACUGAAAUAAGGUCUCAGAAAAUGAUUAAAGUGAUGACGAUAUUGCAAAAGAAAAGGCAAACGAGUAAAGUUUUUGCUGGGAAACAUGGGUUCAUUACUCCGCGUGAUCUGUUCCGAUGGUCUGAUCGUUUCGCACAACUUGGUGGUCGUGAUCAGGUGGAUUUGGCCCGAGAUGGUUAUUAUCUUUUGGCAGAGAGGCUUCGUGAUGAAGGCGAGAAAUGUGUUGUUAGAGAAGUUCUAGAAAAAGAAAUGGGUGCCAAACUUGUUGAAGACAACUUGUAUCUUCAGGAAUGUGUUCCCAGCUUUCCUGAUGGUGUUGAAAUUCCCAAGAAUCUUCAAAAUUGGACUAAAAGUAUGCGAAGAUUGUACUUCCUAGUGGAGCGUUGCUAUAAAAUGCGAGAACCUGUACUUCUUGUUGGUGAAACGGGGGUUGGGAAGACAACUGUCUGUCAAUUGCUGAGUAUUCUUCUGGGUUCAAAAUUACACAUUCUGAACUGUCAUCAAUACACCGAAACCUCUGACUUUCUCGGGGGGUUUUAUCCUAUUCGCGAAAGGUCGAGAUUAACAUUGGAUUUUAAAAAAGCAAUUGAAGAAUUGUUGAUGACACAGGUUUUUAAGCGGUUCCAUCUGGACUCUACUGUCUCUUCGGACAUAGGUCAAGCCUCUGCAACAUUGUCUAAUCUGAACAAGACGAUAAAAGCUUACAAAAAGGGUCCGAUUUUGAAUCCUGAUGUCACCAAUGAAGAUGUGAUGACUUUGGAAAGGAUAAUAUUGAAGCUAUCUGAGAUGCACCAAAAGUGGCAGAAAAUGUUUGAAUGGUUGGAUGGGCCCCUUGUGCAGGCAAUGAGGAGUGGUGAUCUCUUUCUUGUGGAUGAGAUUUCCUUGGCUGAUGAUAGUGUACUUGAGAGGUUGAAUAGUGUCUUGGAAACAGAGAGAACACUGUCUUUAGCUGAGAAAGGAGGUCCUGAUCUGGAGAAAAUUGUUGCUCAUGAGAAGUUCUUUUUGCUUGCGACAAUGAAUCCUGGUGGUGAUUUCGGUAAGAAGGAACUAUCUCCUGCUCUUCGUAAUCGGUUCACAGAGCUAUGGGUUCCCCCUAUAGAUGAUAGAGGUGAGCUUAAAAGUAUUGCAUCUCAGAGGUUGUCACCUGAAUUCUCAUCCAUUUUGGAUCCUUUGCUGAACUUCUGGGAGUGGUUCAACCAUCUAAAGUCAGGAAGAACACUUACUGUGAGAGAUCUACUAUCUUGGGUGGAUUUUGUUAAUGUGACUGGAAUCAAGUUAGGACAUGUGUAUGCAUUCCUUCAUGGGGCAUUCCUUGUUUUGCUUGAUGGACUGAGUUUAGGUACUGAAACUUCGAAAGGGAACAGCAAUGAUGUAAGGGAGCAUUGCUGGUUGUUCCUUUUGGAAGAAUUGAAGGUAGCAGAGGAAAAACUUAGUGAAUUGGACUUCAAAAAACUUUCAAAAAUGCAAAACUAUGGUUGGGGCGCUCGUGAAACAAUUAAACAGGAUUCAUCCAGUGGUAGCAUGCAGUGUGACAACAUUUUUGGUGUGGAUCCUUUCUAUGUAGAGAAAGGUUCUGAAAGUUGUGACACUGAGGGGUUUGAAAUGUUGGCACCUACCACCAGGAAAAAUGUCUUGCGGGUACUGCGAGCUAUGCAGCUUCCGAAACCUGUUCUAUUGGAAGGUAGUCCAGGUGUUGGGAAAACAAGUUUGAUUGUUGCAUUGGGCAAGUUUUCUGGUCACAAAGUUGUCAGGAUAAAUUUGUCCGAGCAGACUGAUAUGGCGGACCUGUUGGGCUCAGACUUACCGGUUGAAAGUGAUGAAGGAUUGAAGUUUGCGUGGUCUGAUGGGAUCCUAUUACAGGCUUUGAGAGAAGGUUCGUGGGUUUUGCUUGAUGAACUUAAUCUUGCUUCACAAUCUGUAUUGGAGGGUUUAAAUGCUAUUCUGGAUCAUCGAGCUGAAGUUUUCAUUCCAGAGUUAGGCUAUACUUUUAAGUGUCCCUCGUCCUUCAGAAUAUUUGCUUGCCAAAACCCUUCCCAUCAAGGUGGAGGCAGAAAAGGCCUUCCAAAGUCCUUUCUCAACCGUUUCACUAAGGUGUAUGUGGAUGAGUUAAUUGAGGAUGAUUAUCAGUUUAUCUGCAGUUCCCAUUAUCCAUCAAUUGACAGAACUCUGCUUUCAAAACUGAUUGUGUUUAAUAAACGGAUGUACGAAGAAACCAUGGUGUAUCACAAAUUUGCUCUGGAUGGUUCUCCUUGGGAGUUUAAUCUACGAGAUGUGAUUCGAUCGUGUCAACUCAUACAGGAUGCACCCUUUAUGUCCAAGGAGUAUUGCUUCCUGGACAUUGUUUAUGUUCAAAGGAUGCGUACAGAAUCAGACCGUAGAAAAGUCCUACAGUUGUAUGAGCAGAUUUUUGAGAGGAAGCCACAUAUAACUCCUUACCCACGAGUUCACCUCAGUUCUGGAUACUUAAUUGUUGGAAACACUUCCAUAAGAAGGAAUUGUGUUCAGUCAUCUAAACUUCCCAGCAGCACACUUAAAAUUUUGCCUGAAAUCCGUCAAAGCUUGGAAGCAACUGCACAAUGUGUAGAGAAUAAAUGGAUGUGUAUCCUGAUUGGUCCAGCAUCGUGUGGUAAGACCUCAUUGGUCAGGUUACUAGCUGAGCUCACAGGAAAUGUGCUGAAUGAAUUACAUCUUUCAUCUGGAACUGAUAUAUCAGAAAUACUUGGAUGCUUUGAACAAUAUAAUGCCUUCCGAAAUUUUCGCUUGGUUGUUGCUCAGAUUGACUCCUACGUAAAGGAGUGUUGCAAUUUGCGAUUAGAGUCCUCAAAGGAUGCAGUUUCACUUAGCAAAGGUUUUAUUCCCAGAUGGUUUAGUUUCUUGUCGAGCGUUAAUUGGGAUUCUAGUUUUACUUCUACUUUUCUCGAGGAUACAGGGAGAUUUUCCAGUUCUCUUGCUUUGUUAAUUGAAGUCAUUGACAAUCUAAAGUUGGUUAUAACUGGGGCAAGCAAAGAUCUUGAUGAACUUAGGAUGACAACUAUCAAGUUGCAAAACGGUUAUGAGAAGGGGCCAAUUUCGGCAAAGUUUGAAUGGGUUACGGGAGUAUUGAUAAAGGCUGUAGAGCGUGGAGAGUGGAUUGUUCUAGAGGAUGCAAAUUGUUGUAAUCCCACGGUACUUGAUAGGAUCAAUUCUUUGGUUGAGCUGUCUGGAUCAAUUACAAUUAAUGAGCGUGGGGUUGUGAAUGGAAAACCACUUGUUAUUCAACCGCAUCCUAAUUUUCGAAUGUUCCUGACUGUAAACCCAACUUAUGGUGAAGUAUCCCGAGCAAUGAGGAACAGAGGAGUUGAAAUAUUUAUGAUGCAGCCGUAUUGGCUACUUGGCGAGAGUAGCAGAUUCAGUCGUGACCGUGAGGGUACUGAACUAAAUGAUGUAAAAAGAUUCCUUGUUCUUUCAGGCAUUCCCUUUGCCAAAUUAGUGCAUUCAAUGGCCAAAUCACAUAUCUAUGCUAGAGGAGAAGGAUUACGUUCUGGUGUUUCCAUCACAUAUCUUGAGCUUUCCCGAUGGGUUCAGUUGUUCAAACAACUUCUAAUGAAUGGAAGCCAGCCUUUGUGGAGCCUUCAGACAAGCUGGGAGCAUAUAUAUCUCAGUACACUGGGUGACGUUGUCGGAAGAAAUGCAAUUAGUCAUGUCAAAUACACAUAUUUACUGGUAACUGAAUUGUGUGAAUCUAAGUUGUCAAUGCACCCAUCUUUGUGUUUGCCUGGAGGAUGGCCAGCGCCAUUAAAGCUGAGGGAUAUUGCAUGGAACACGAAAGAAGCUCGUGUGAAGACUAACUGCAUGUACCUCGAGUUCCUGGGGGGCAAGUACGCAUCAUACCAAUUACAACUCGCAAGUAGUAGGUGCUCUAUGCACCAGGAUUCAACUGCUCGCGAACUAGUGACUUACUUGAGGGGUACAGGGAUGCUAAAUGAAACUAUGGUUCACAGGGCUUCCCCCUUUUUGACCUUAAACUCUGUGGAGAAUGCUGAGGUUGAUAAGGCCUUAGCAAAGGUUGAGAAAAAGCUACUUUUUGCUGCCAAAUGGGCCAUUGAACAAGCUACUGAAAGUGAUCUCAAGCUGUACCUUCUAUGGUUUAACUCAUAUUGUUCUCAAUUACAGUGCUUCCCUCAGUUCAAGCAUUUUGUGGAUUCUAUUAUACAAAGUAAGAAGCAUCGUAUUUGGGAAUACAUGUCCCUUCGAUAUCAUGACCUUGCGUCUAUUCACAAAGUAGAAUUUGAAAACCAGCUGAUACCACUGCUCUCAUUUGAGUUGGUGGAUGCAAUUGAGUCAAAUGACAGGUCCAAUUAUCAAAAGUGUUUUCACAAUGCUUUGAAUUUUGUAAUGCAACUGAGGCUCACUUAUCAACAGUGGAAUACUGAGAAAAGCUAUGAUUAUAGUAAAGCUCACCUGCUAAAUAAAGGUCGUUACUUAGAAGUGUUACAAUCUUUGCAGAAGUUGGAGGGGGAAUUCCUUUCUAAGUUUGCUGAUUCAUCUGUCAUGCUAAUUGAGUCCCCAUCUUUUGAUGCACUCAUUCAGUUGUACACUGACCUUCUUGAGGAUCAUAUAUUAUUUUGGAAAGGUUUGAAGUCAUCUGACUCGGAUAUGUUGCUAAUCUUUUGGCGAUUGGUGUUGAAGCAUGCUGCAAAAUUGAAGGACUUCUUUCCUGAAGCAGUGUAUAAUCUGCUGAAAGAGAGCGGGAAGCUGGAAAGUUCUUUGCUUUUCCACUCAAAGAAGUCCUUGCUGUGGGUUUAUGGCGGUCACCCAAUUUUGCCUUCUUCUGUUAGAAUAUUUGAAAAGCAGCUUCAGAUUUUGGAACUUUGCGAGUCGGUUUGGCCAACACGAGCAAGAUUAUUUGUCCAUGAGAAUGAUCCUGUGAUUGGGGUUGCAUCCUCAAGUUCUGAUCUCCGCUCCCUUGUGUUGGAAGGUAUUUCCAUGUCGUCAUGUAUCACGGGUAAAUCUGAUUCUUAUGAGGAUGAGGACCAAGUUGUUCAACGGCUGGAUGGAAUUUAUCAGAGUCUUUUGCAAAUGUUAAAGGAAAGAGUCAAAUUGAAGGAGGCUUCAAGGUCAAAAAAAGUUUUGUCCGAAGUGACUGCAUCUGUUUGUUGUUCUAUUGGUGACGAGGCAUUAGGUCAGACAUUUGGGCAUGGCUGUUGGCAGGACACAUAUCCUCUGACUGAUAGUAAAAGCUUUGCCCUGGAUAUGAAACUACUCCAGGAUCUAUCAUCUAUCAUUCUGGUCAAUAGAGAAGAAAAACAGCUGGAAUUGGCCAAAAUAUUGAACCAUCUGAAGUAUGCAUUGACAUUCUCAGUGAACAAUUCAUCUAGACCCCCUCAAAUGUUUCUUCCCCAUCAGAAGAUUUUCUGGAUAAUGGAUUUGUGGAGUUCAGUUGAUUCAGUGAAUACAAAAAUUUCCAGCUUUGUACUCGAGAUGUGGUUUCGGUGGCAUCAAUCCUUGUGGAUUUAUUGCCCAGUUUCUGUCGAGAGCUUCUUAAGCACAGCUGUUUACGAUAUUCAAGUACGUGAUAUUCCAGUACCUGAUGUGCUGAUUCACCCUGUGGUAACAGCAACAGUCUUCCAGAUACUGAAAAGCACAUCUUCUAUCAAGGAUUAUGUUGUGGGCUCUCUGAAGCUUAGAGCUGCAUCGUGUAAUCUAUGGCGCAGCUCUCUCCCAGGAGCAAAUUUACCUUGUUUUCUACUAUCCACUGCUCGUUCUCUGUUCCAGCAGAUUAUAUAUGCACACGAGAAGUCUUUUGACUCUGACCAAUUCGCUAAGAUCAAGUCAACUUUAGAGCAAGGAACCGGUGUUGUGGGAUCUCUUAUUUCAGAGUCAAGUCAUCAUGGUCUGAGGGAGUCGGUGGAUAUGUUUAUUGAGCCACUGCUUCGAAACCUCUAUCCCCAUUACUCAUCUAAAGAGGUUGGCUUUAUUCAAGGCUGUGUUUGGCUGCGUCUUGGGAUAUUACGUCUUAAUCUAUUGCUGUGCUGUGAUGAUUUGGAUCCUGCCAUGAAAUACCAUUGCAAGAAUUCACUGUUAGCAGAGAAAAUAUCGUCGCUGAAACUUGAAAUUAAGGUUCGGCAAAAAAGUGAAUAUUUGGCCGGGCAGAUUUCUACAAGAUAUUCUCAUGAAAAAAGGUCACAGGCGUUGAACAAGCUUGAAGUGGAGCACAAAAAGCUACAGAGAAAGAUUGUGUUCCGCUCUGACUACCGGAAAUUUAAAGGCUUGAAACAAGAAUGUAACAAGUUUCUUGAACGUGUCACAUCUGAUGAAUUUUUUCAGCAUGUUACAUCUGAUAUGUUUUGCAAACACAUUUCAUGUUCAGAAGUUUCAGUUGGUAGUGUUGAUGCCAUUAAUUUACAACAGAUUCUUGACCAAGGCAUUAACUGGCAGAAAAUGGCAACUGGUUUUAUUGAACAACUAUUAUCAGAUGAGUACCGUGAGUACACAGAUUUUGUUCAACCAGUUCUGGUUGCAUUAUAUGAAAUUAAAUUGGGCUUGGCGCUGAUUCUGUCUGGCAUCACACAAAAGAUAAUCCUAAGUAGAGUUGAGAUGGCCAAUACAGAUAUGCUUAUGGGAUCACUUUGCUCAUUCAUGAGAUUCCCCCGGGUAUCAGUUCCGAAGACCAUUUCUAUUGACUUAAACAGUGGUUCGAGCGAAUUUCCCUAUAACAUAGAAAUUCCUACAAUCUUGAAUGCUGAUGACAUAAGUCAUCUUGAGAAGUUGAUCACCUUUUCCAGUGGUGGUCUGAGCGAUGAUAUGAUAUCUGUUUCACAACUUAAAGCUUCUCUGCACCGAAACAUUGUUGUCCGUGUUGCACAUUUCGUUGCUAAUGCGUGGCUGAUGGAUUAUGCAUCUUUUAUGGUAUUGGAUAAGAUAUUUAAUGUGUUUGCAAGUCGUUGGAUGAGUAUGAAGAUUCAAUCUAAAAAUGAAGAGGAAGCACAUUCUCAAAAAUUCAAGUUUAAGCCUCGUGCAUUAAAACUUGAGAGUAUAAUUGAUCUCAACAUAUCAUCUCUUGGGAAGUUAUUUGCAAAUGAAAGCUUCUUAGAAUGGAAGGAAUUUCUUUCUAAAGAUAUGCCUAUUGAAAGGGAGGAAGAUUUGAAAGAACAAGAAGAUUUAGAUGAAGAAUGGAGUUUUAUGGAUGAUUCCCUUGUUAACGACGUGGUCAAUGCUCACAAUCAGUUAUUUGGUUCAUGUAAUCUCGUUCUAGCACCGGGUACUUUCCAUAUCAGCGAUCUGGACAAAACGCUUUCAUUCAUUGAUUCUCAUACGCUUGGAGUAGGGAUGAUCAAGGGUUUAGGGGGUUCAUUUCUUUCCAGUCUGGAUGCUGCACUUGCACCAGAGAAUCUGUUUCGUAUUUGUUUGGAGCAUGAGCAGAAGUUUGUUUCUUCUGAUACGUCAGUCCACAAAUAUAACUUUUACAAGGAUUCAAAUGCUCCGAAGAUGUAUGAAAUGGUGAAAUUGCUUACUGGUCUUCAACAGCGAAUUCAUACCCUUUUAAUUGAGUAUGAAGAUCAUCAUGAACUUCAGAAAAUCAUGAAUGCUGUUGAAAUGCUUAUGAAUAUUCCACUGAACACCUGCCUAGCUAAGGCCCUUUUAGGAUUGCAGUUUCUAAUUAACAAGCUCCAUACAUUACAAGAAAAUGGUUCACAAUUUGCGUUCUCUGAUCAAGUCAAGCCCAUUCGUGAACUGGUGUUCUCGUGGCAAAAGAUGGAGUUCAAUUCCUGGCCUGCCUUACUUGAUGAGGUGCAGGAUCAGUGUGAGGUUAAUGCUGGAAAGAUCUGGCUUUCGCUUUAUUCAGUUCUACGACCUUCUGAUGCUGUUGAAUACGAAGAAUCUACUACCCAUAGUUUGGAAGACUUCUUACGUUUAUCCAGUAUUGGUGAAUUUAGAAGGCGCCUUCAACUUCUUUUUGCUUUCCUUGGCCAAAUAACUACUGGUACAAACCUACAGGUUUAUUCAAGUGAUUGUGAGAAGAAAAAUGUAAAGAUUUUAUACAAUGCAUUUGGAUAUUACGUGCAAUUCUUACCAGGAAUUUUGGCACAUAUGGAUUCUAGUAGAAGGGAUAUAGAGAUGGAACUCAAGAAAGAACUCAAACUAUGCCAGUGGGAGCACUGUGAGAGUUUUCUGGACUUUGGGAAAGUCGAAAGCACAAGGAAGAAGCUGAAGAAGAUUAUAAAGAAGUACACUGUCCUACUUGAACAACCUGUAAUUGUUUUUCUUGAGCAAGAUAUUGUGAAGGGGGCUGAAUGCCUGCCUCAACAAGUUCAAAAGUUCCUCAUGGAUAAUGUGAACCCAAAAAUAGGGACGGCAGAUGCUGUUUUUGAUUUGACUGUGUUGAAUGACAAAGAUAGGUGUAUGUGGUACACUGAUUGGAUAAAAGAAGCAGAUUCUGCUAUGAAGAAUCUGAAGAAAUUACAGCCAGAUAGAACUCUUGAAUUUGCAUAUCCACAGUCUAAAGAACUCUGCUCAGACAUUGCUGCAAUACUAAGGCAGUGCCCAGCUUCUCUUGUCCCUUGUCCUUCAUACAAGGAGGAAUGGAGUGCUGUGUGGCUCACACUUCAAAAAAUAUUUAAAGAUGCAGUAGAUUGUUGUGAUUUGUGGAAGGAUGAAAGCAAGAGUCAAAAGAAGAGACGGGCUUUUUCUUGCCUUCUAAAUCUUUUAAAAAGCAGCGGGUUGUCAAGGGACAUUUUUAUAGAGGACGAAGUUAAAUCUUGGUGGUUUGUUCAUCCGUCAUAUGAUGUUCAGCAUGUGCUGCUGACACAAAGUCGACUGCCCAGUGGAGAUUCUGAUGCUGUUCUUGAUUUGACUAGUCAAAAUCUUGUUACUGAAUGGAAGACAACGAACGAAUACUACUUCAGUAGCGUAGCAUCUGUGCUUUUUACUCACAAACAGAAUGGAAGCCAAGAUCCUUUUCUUCACCAGCUCGUUGAAAUACAAAAAAAUCAGCAGGAAGCUGCCAACAAAUUUGCAGAGCAAAUGCGGGACUUGAAGGAAUGGAUUUCUACUCUGGAGAAGUUAUAUUCAGAUUCCACUGGUUUUGAUGAUGGAAGCGGUAGCAAGAUAUCUAUUGGUCAAAAUCAACGGGCCACCUUCAAAUGCAUGUGGCAGCAAAAGCAAUUAUUUGAUAGUUUGUGUGCCACAUCACAUGAUGAGUUGUUGUUGCUGAAGACAUUCCAGAAUACCCAUUUAAACAAUUGUCAAACUGUCAAGAAUGAAGUAAAUGAGUUUCUUACUUCUAUUGAGAAAUUUAUUCCAGUUCUGCAGAAAUCUAAGGAAUCUUUGGACAAUUGCCUUCUUGGCCCUGAGAGAGCUAUAAUGACGUUUUCUGGCUCCUCGCAAUUCUUUCUUGUUUCAAAGCAUAUGGAACAAUUGGUGUUCCAAAACUUCAAGGUUAUCAAGGCUUUUGAGGAUCAUCUUCUUGCUUUCCAUGGGAAAGAUGCAGAUAGAAGCUCGGUGAAAGAUAUUUUGCUUGGUCAUUUUGUAGACAUAAUUAAGAAGGGGAGGUUGAUGGAAAGGGAGUUCAAUUCAGUGAUAAUAAAUGAGAAAAAUGUUUCAGUUGGUACACAUGAUGAUGACGGCGGUGAACUCAAUUUUGCAUUUUGGAAAGCUCUAAGAGCUACAUUUGAACAUAUCAUUGGUGCGAUGCAAACAUUAGGUUCGCCAAGUAAUAGCCAUGUUCAUCCAGAUAAAUUGGGUCAUAUUAUGUCUUGGAAAAAGAUAUUUGACUCAUCAGUGAAAAUUUUGAGUUUGGACAAUUUGUGUGAUAAGCUCCGGACAACAAUCCUUUGUGCUGAAAAACUGGUGAAUCAUUGUGGUGGACGUUCUCCGAAUGCUUUGCUCCAAAUCGAAGUGCAGUUUGAGCAUCUACAUUUCUGUUUGGACAUAUUGUGGAAGUUUGGUCAUGCUCUGUUGAAAGAACUUUUAGCUAUGUGCAAAACUGUAUCUUUAACCAUUCACAUGCUUGCAAAUGUUUUGGCUUUAUAUUCAAAGGGAUCUGGGGUCUCUUCUGAAGACCAGGAGGAGGAUGUUACUGGUAAUACAUCUCAAGAUAAAACUGGAACGGGUAUGGGGGAGGGUGUAGGACUGAAUGACGUCAGUGAUCAGAUCACUGAUGAAGAUCAACUUCUUGGAACUGAUAAGGCCAGCGAAGAACAAGAUGCUGCAGGUGAAGUCCCAAGUAAAAAUGAUAAGGGGAUAGAGUUUGAGGAGGAUUUUCAAGCUGAUGCAUUUAGUGUCAGUGAGGACUCUGAAGAAGACGCAAAUGAAGAUGAUGAAGAUCAGCAGUUAGAGUCUAAAAUGGGAGAAACUGGAGCUAAUGGUGAAACUGUUGAUGAAAAACUAUUUGAUAAGGAUGAGGAUGAAAAUCUCGAUAAUACUAAUGAGAAGUAUGAAUCUGGAAAUUCAGUUAGAGAUAAAGAUCCAAGUUCUAGAGAGCUUAGAGCCAAGGAAGACUCUGCUGCCACGGCCGACGAACCUGGAGAUCUUGAUUUAAAUAAACUGGAUGAAGAAAAUGGUGAGACUGGAAGCCAGGAUGAUCUAAAUGAUGGAGAGAAUGCGGAUGAUAUGAACUUAGACAAACAAGAAGCAGUUGUAGAUCCUACAGGAUUAGAGCCCGAGGAGUUGAAUCAAAAUUCUGAUGAAACUGAACCUAUGGAGGUUGAUUCUGAAAUGCAUGAUGAGAAUGCGGAGAAUGAGAACCAUGAAGAAGAACAAGCAAUCUCAACUGAUGAAAUCAUGGGAGAGGCAGAGACCGAACAAACGGAUGCAACUCCUGAAAAUGAGGAUCAUGAAGAUAAUACUGAGAUGAAUUCAGAAUUAAGCAAGGAUGAGUUAGAACUGGGAGUACCUGAUUCACAGAGGGAUAUGCCCAACACAGAAUCUUCAACACAACCAAAUGGUAACAUGAAAGCAUCAGAUCCAGGAGAUGUAGCACCAGAGUUGAAUUGGGCAAAUAGCAAUGAUAUUCAUACUGAGCUUACUCCUGUGAGUGGUUUACCUUCUAGAAAUACUUCAGAGCUGGAUAUGAUGGUUUCUGAGGCGUCAAAUAAUGGGACAAAUGUUGGUGAGCAACCAAAAUGUCAACUUCCUAGGCAAGAAUCUUCAUCGGAUAAAAAAACUGAGCCAAACCCUUUCCGUAGUGUCGGGGAUGCACUCAAGGACUGGGAGAAAAAAGUUAGAGUAUCUGUCGAUCUCCAGGAAAACAACAUGGAGGUACAGGAUGAAAUUGGGAACGAAAUUGAGAAUGAAAAUGCAGAUGAGUUUGGAUACGUUUCUGAGUAUGAAAAGGGGACAGCUCAGGCUUUCGGACCUGCAACAUUUGAGCAGAUUGACAAAAAUGUAGAUGGUAAUAAGUCCAACGCCGAUGAAGAUGAUCCUUCAACGCAUAAAGAUGGCCCUGUUGAGAUGGAAAUUGAGAAGCAAAAAGUAGAACCACAGCCUAACCGGAGUCGUACUCAAGUGCUAAAGGAUAAGACCGAGGACCAGAUGCGUCUCUCUGGUGCAGAAGAAUUGUCUGGUGAUCAAUCUCAAGAAAUUCAUAGCCAUCGUGACGGUCAAAGCAUGGUAGAGGACGUGGUCUCUGUCAAGAAAUCCUACUUUAGUGACAUAAAGCAGCUCAGUGAACUUUCCGUAAAUGAUGGUGACAUGGGAACUCAAGAUCCUGAGGAAAUUUCUGAUGAUGUUAUGGGCAAUGCUACUGCUGUUUGGAGAAGAUGUGAGCAGACCACGACAAGAUUGUCACAGGAGUUGGCGGAACAAUUGCGUCUUGUCAUGGAGCCUAAUCUUGCCAGCAAGCUCCAAGGGGAUUAUAAGACUGGCAAGCGGAUUAACAUGAAGAAGGUGAUUCCAUACAUAGCCAGUCAUUAUCGGAAAGAUAAAAUAUGGCUGAGACGGACCCGGCCUAACAAACGUGAUUAUCAAGUUGUCAUUGCUGUUGAUGAUUCCCUUAGUAUGUCUGAAAGUGGCUGUGGUGAUGCUGCUAUCGAAGCUCUGGUGACAGUAUGUCGUGCAAUGUCCCAACUAGAGAUGGGGAGCCUUGCUGUUGCAAGCUUUGGAAAGAAAGGUAACAUAAGGGUGCUGCAUGACUUCGAUCAGCCUUUUACUGGAGAAACCGGAAUCAAGAUGAUCUCGAGUUUGUCAUUCAAGCAGGAGAAUACUAUUGCUGAUCAACCAGUUGUUGAUGUGUUGAAGUAUCUGAACACCAAGCUCGAUGAAGCGGUUGCAAGAGCACGCCUCCCCUCAGGAUGGAAUCCACUACAACAGCUCAUUUUGAUAAUCGGAGAUGGCCGGUUCCACGAGAGGGAGAACUUGAGGCGGUGUGUUAGGGAUGCUUUGGCUAAGAAGCGUAUGGUUGCAUAUUUGGUUCUUGAUAACUCACCAGAUGGUUCCAUUAUGGACCACAAGGAAUAUUCUUUUGAGGGUGGGUGCAAACUGGUAAAUUACAUGGACUUUUUCCCAUUCCCAUUCUACAUUGUACUGAGGAACAUUGAAGCACUUCCUAGGACUCUUGCUGAUUUGCUGAGACAGUGGGUUGAGCUUAUGCAGUACACAAGGGACUAACCUAAUCAUUCGGUGUGAGCUGCAAAGAUCGCGUUGAGUGGCGCAAAAGGUCAUAUUAACCCUUCAUAGCAGGUUAACCAGGGAAUGAGGAUGAUGCGUAUUGUGUAUAAUGUAACUUGUAUAGGAAACAAUUAGAGUCAUCAUCAGUGAAGAUGAACAAAUUUUUAACUUUAUUCACUUUUUUUUCUGGUGAGAAAGAUCAUUCUUAAUUUGAGUAAUGUUUUAUUGGUGUUGUGUGGUAA